CAGCCCUGCCAGCCCAACCCAGGCAGCCCUGGCUUAGCCACACACCAUGAAGUACCCUCUGGUGCCGCUGGUGAACGACCUCACGUUUUCUUUCCUGGUGUUCUGGCUCUGCCUGCCCGUGAGCUUGCUGUUGGUCCUGCUGAUCGUCUGGCUCCGCUUCUUACUGAGCCAAGAUUCAGAGGAAAAUGACUCAGAUGUAUGCUUUGACUGGGAGCCUUGGAGCAAAGCCCCAGCCCAGUUUUGCUGGAAGGGGACACUCCAUAGCUAAAAGGAGGAGAGGCCCUGCCUGUGAGCCUUCUGUUCAGUCAGAUUGUCUUCUGCCAUAGCAUUACCACCUCCUCACGUGCCCAAUAACUGAUGCUCCAAAUCCAAAGCCCUCCCAGCACUCCUGACACACAGCUCUUUGGAGGAGGAAUGACACAAUCCAGUGAUGCAGCUCGCUGAUAGUCACUGGACACUUACAAGGCACCAGGGCCUGUGCCGAGCACUUCCCUUUCACAAGCUCGUCUAUGAGAUCUUACAAAGAGGGUAUCAUCCUUACCUCCACUUUGCAAAUGAGAACCCGAGUGGCAGAGCAGUAAGUAAUUUGCCUGGAGUAACGGGGCCCUGGCACCCACUGAUA